CUCAUACAAAGGCACCAUGUGUCCAGAGAUGAAUAUUAAGAGACGAAGCUGCAAUUCCUUGUGUUUUCCUGCUGGUUAACGAUCAUUCAUCAUAUACAUAUCUACGACACCUUCGGCCGCCAGUGCUUGACCUAGUUUUCAACCAGGCAUAUUCGACGAAGCUGAGCACAGGUAUAACGUGCUACAGUAAACUUCAGCUGGAAUAAUACCCUUGACGACAAUUGCGCUCAUGCUAUCACUAACUCACAAAGCAGCCAAUAUCAGCAUCUUCGACCAAGUAUCCAGAAAUCUAGCUAGCAUAGGUUGCAUACCCUUGUCAGACUACUUAUACGGUUCCCCAUCCAUCCCAGUAACUGCGGCACCACCACCACCACCACCACCGGAAACCCAGUCUACUCUCAAAAAUGCUCCCAUUCAACACCCGCAGCCCCCCACGCCAGCCAUAACCAAGACCUCAGUUGACACCGUCUCAUCAAAUGCUAUCAGCCGUUUACAUCAAACAUCUCAACGCAUAUUUGGAUCCAUCGAGCCACUCAAGUUUGAAUUCAUUGAGGAAGCUGGCCAGCGCAGCAAGAAAUGCAUAUUAACAAUAUCUCGUCCCAAUGGAAGUACUCGUUCUUAUGCAACCGACCCCGUCUACUCUCGCAAAUCCGAUGCAAAAUCUGCUGCAGCCACUCUCGCGAUCGAAAUGGGAGCACUGGAUUUCAUCACUCAUGGAGAUCCUGAAGAGCUCAAACUUAAACGCGGACUCGUCCUUGCUUCCAUCAAUAGCUCACAAAAUCAGGAGCGUAUACGGGCAGAGAUCGGAUCAACUGAGCAUCCAGACAGCAAUAAUGCGAUUGAGCAAAUCGAGACCUGCUGCGCAGAAUGGCGGGGCAGUUCCAUCGCACCGCAUUGGGUUGCAUUGCUAGAGCCCAAAGUCGGUCACACUCAAGGAUGUGCCCUCAGAAUCGAGCUUUCACCACACGUAAUCAAGGUUUACGCAUCCGAUACCAUCUACAACACAUACAAUGAAGCAAAGGCCGCGUGUGCUGAAGCCGCACUUCGCGAGGGCGUUCUCGACUUUAUCAAACACGGAAACGGCCAACUACGCCCUGCGUCCCCCCAACUAUACUCAACCCCCAGUUCCUCCGACAUCAAUGGCGUCUCAGCCAACAAACAACCUCCAUCAACUCUCCAGGCAUUCUACGAAUCCCUCCCCCGCCCAUUUCCCGAAUCGUUCGAAAGCAAAGACGCCAACGAGUUAGGUGCGCCUGGAUACAUGAACACCCUCGUACAAAAUGCAAGAGGCGGAAAGUUGACCACCACAUUCAUUUUCACAUCAGACGGAACUCCAGGACUCCACGGCUGUUUCCUCCGCUUAGACAGACCCACAGAAUAUAGAGCAUACCUCGUCGAUCCCAGGUUCCCAAAACGCGCAGAUGCAAAGGCGGCCGUAUGCCUCCAAGCGCUGUCUCACGGUGCUGGAGAUUACAUGCGCGCGAUUGGAAAGGCUGUCGAGGCGAGAGUCACGCCUUUGAUGAAAACAUGGGUGAACGAUCAAGUAUACCCCGUCCUCUUAUCCGAGUAUAACAAACUCAGGAAUCGGCAUCCUAAUUUCACUUAUGAGAAAGAGAAAGAUGCCUUUGGAUGCACGAUGACGCUCCACCUCGCUGCCGAUACUACGCCCGACCAAACACGAAUUUGGACGGUAUCAAAUGACUACCGUAACAAAGCAGAUGCCAAAGUAGCUGUCAUUUGCACUGCAAUCGAACAAGGGGCGAUGGAGUUCAUCCGGUUUCGAGGCGAGCCUCCUCCUCCCGGCUACACCACCCCAUAUUCUCUGCAAACCUUCGACCCUGAAUCAUCUCAGAAAUCUAAUGGGAAGCGAAAAAUGGUCGAGGAUGCGCACUCGCAGGGUGAACAUGAAAAGCCUACAAAACGACAGAAGAAAGCAAAGCUUGAGGGCGCUGCAACCAAACACGGUAACAAGAAAGAGAAAGGCAGCACUCACACCCAUGGCAUUCCCGAGUCUGGUAUCAUCCGUGCUGGGCAAACUUCCCGAAAAGGGCACGCUUCAGCACCAUAUCAGCCAGGACUUGGGGAUGAGAGUGGUUCUGGGGCUGCGCACCCUCUACCGCAGGUGUCCUCGAAUCCUACUCCACCUGCUAUGCCUGAUCAGCGGUUUAUGCCUCCUCAUGCGUAUUCUUCUGUGCAAGGUGGGUAUAGGUAUCCGCUUUCGGCGCAGUCUUUUGCCGGAGCUUCGGGCUCGAGUGCUGGUUUUGGAGGUGGUAGGUUUAUGGGUGUGGGUGUGGAGCAGUUAGAUGAUUCAUCUGAGCCAGAGCCUGGAGAGGUUGUUUAAAUUCGUUGGAUCGAAUGGUGUUUGAGGUGCUACUUUUGAAUCAAGUUUUCGAAUUUGCAAUUAGAGCUACGGGCUCAGGUGAAUUGCCGCACCGCACGAAAACAUACAUUCAACACUCAUUUUCGAUAAGUACUAUAGGUUCUCAUGCACAAGGAUGUUGGCGCUUACUCAUACUGUACAGUACCGCACCAGCCACUGAUCGUUACGUAACUUACCGAUAGUUGUAUCUUUGUCGUACACCUUAGUGUUGUU